GGCUCCGCGCGCUUUGGGGCAGAAACCCGGAGACGCCGUCGUCUAUGUCGUUCCCGCUGGCGUUUCUGUUGCCCUCGACCCCCUCAGCUGCCCCCCAGGUCGUGGCCCCGAGUCGGCUCUCCCGCCGAACCCCGUGGGGUGCCGCGACAUCCCCCGGCGUUGGCGAGGCUGGGCCCCGGCCCCGACGCCGCGCGCGUCACGCCUAGCUCAACUGUUUGGACUCGCCACUCAACCGCUGUCUUCUUUCCCAGGACUGCUUCUCGGGGGGCCUCGGGCUUGCGAGCUCGCCCCGCGCUGGAGAGCUCCGGCCCGGCCAGGGAGCGGCCCCUUGUAGAGGUCCGAGGAGCCUACCGCGGUCCGUCCCCGCGCCCGACCCUCCCACCGUUCGGCCACUGGCCCACUUCUUCCUGAUGCAGACUGCCGUCCACUAGAGGCUGGACAGGACCCCCGAGUGUCCAGGGUAUGGAUUGUGAACAAGUUGGGUUUGUUUCACGUGUUCAUUUGUGAUUCAUGGCAGGGGACGUGGAAGGAUUCUGUUCCUCCAUCCAUGACACCAGUGUCUCUGCUGGGUUCAGAGCACUGUAUGAGGAGGGAUUGCUUCUCGAUGUCACUCUGGUUAUUGAAGACCAUCAGUUCCAGGCCCAUAAAGCUCUCUUGGCCACUCAGAGUGAUUACUUCAGAAUUAUGUUCACAGCAGACAUGAGGGAACGAGAUCAGGACAAAAUUCACUUGAAAGGUCUAACAGCUACUGGUUUCAGCCACGUUCUUCAGUUUAUGUAUUAUGGAACUAUAGAACUAAGUAUGAACACUGUUCAUGAAAUCCUUCAGGCAGCAAUGUAUGUUCAGCUUAUAGAAGUGGUGAAAUUCUGCUGCUCUUUUCUCUUAGCCAAAAUCUGCUUAGAAAAUUGUGCGGAAAUUAUGAGACUGUUAGAUGAUUUCGGUGUUAACAUCGAGGGAGUCAGGGAGAAGCUGGAUGCCUUCCUGCUAGACAACUUCGUGCCACUAAUGUCCAGGCCUGACUUCUUGUCUUAUCUGAGCUUCGAGAAGCUCAUGUCUUAUUUGGAUAAUGAUCAUCUGAGCAGGUUUCCAGAAAUAGAGCUGUACGAGGCUGUGCAGUCUUGGCUGCGACAUGAUAGACGACGGUGGAGACACACAGAUACCAUCAUUCAGAACAUCAGGUUUUGUCUGAUGACUCCAUCCAGCGUUUUUGAGAAGGUUAAAACAUCAGAAUUUUAUAGAUACUCCCGACAGCUCCGAUAUGAAGUUGACCAAGCAUUGAAUUACUUCCAAAAUGUUCACCAGCAGCCCUUGUUGGACAUGAAAUCAAGCCGUAUUCGUUCUGCCAAACCCCAAACUACAGUAUUCCGAGGAAUGAUUGGACAUAGCAUGGUUAAUAGUAAAAUACUUCUGUUAAAGAAACCAAGAGUCUGGUGGGAACUGGAGGGCCCCCAAGUACCUCUAAGGCCAGACUGCCUUGCUAUUGUCAAUAAUUUUGUAUUCCUGCUAGGUGGAGAAGAACUGGGCCCUGAUGGUGAAUUCCAUGCCUCUUCGAAAGUGUUCAGGUAUGAUCCAAGACAAAAUUCUUGGCUGCGUAUGGCAGACAUGUCUGUACCCCGUUCAGAAUUUGCUGUUGGUGUUAUUGGAAAGUUUAUUUAUGCUGUAGCAGGCAGAACAAGAGACGAAACUUUCUAUUCAACAGAAAGAUAUGAUAUCACUAAUGAUAAAUGGGAAUUUGUAGAUCCUUAUCCAGUUAACAAAUAUGGACAUGAGGGGACAGUGCUCAAUAACAAGUUGUUUAUCACUGGAGGAAUUACUUCAUCUUCCACAUCUAAACAGGUGUGUGUGUUUGACCCCAGUAAAGAAGGGACUAUAGAACAGCGGACCAGGAGAACUCAAGUAGUCACCAACUGCUGGGAGAAUAAGAGCAAGAUGAAUUACGCCAGAUGCUUUCACAAGAUGAUCUCUUAUAACGGCAAGCUUUAUGUCUUUGGUGGUGUCUGUGUGAUCUUGAGGGCCUCUUUUGAAUCUCAGGGCUGCCCUUCCACAGAGGUGUACAACCCAGAUACCGAUCAGUGGACCAUCUUGGCCUCCAUGCCAAUUGGUAGAAGUGGUCAUGGUGUGACUGUGCUGGACAAACAGAUAAUGGUCCUUGGAGGCCUUUGUUAUAAUGGUCAUUACAGUGAUUCCAUUCUCACCUUUGACCCAGAUGAAAAUAAGUGGAAAGAAGAUGAGUACCCUCGGAUGCCCUGCAAGCUGGAUGGUUUACAGGUGUGCAACCUCCAUUUUCCGGACUAUGUACUGGAUGAGGUUAGGCGUUGCAACUGAUGCCAUCUUUCUUCCUAAAAUGGAAAAGGCAAAUAAAGCAUUUGUGAUACAGUAGUUUAAAAGCAUAAAGAAACCUCACCAGUUUUACUAUCAAAGCCAUUGGUCUAAUAUUGUAAGUUUUCAUUCUGUGCUAGCAUCUUUCUUUUCCUUUCAGUGGCCUCAGAUUCAUGCAAUAAGUUCAUUUGAAGCACUAGCUCUUGAAACUACUUCCAAAAGCAGUUUAUACACUGCUCCACUUACCUGGGAAGUUGAUUUUCUGCUUUAAACAUUUCUUUCAGAUGUUAGUGUAGGAUUUGUGCAUUGUCUAAGAGAAGACCCAGUAAGUGUCACUGGAUAUGAUUUCAGUCCCUUUAUUUGAACUCUUUGGAAAUUAUUUUAGUCUGCUAUAUGUUUUGGUUUAUUAUUUAAAAGUUUAAAACUCUUGACCUUUUUGCAUGGCUUUUUGCUGAAAAUGCAAAAAUUUAAAUUUUCUACAAAAGUUUUUUAUAUCAGAACACUAUUUCUAAGCUGCCUUCUCUUAUGUGCAUUGCGUUAGUGAAAGCAUACCCGCACUCAUAUACACCCUAUAAUAUAGAAGGCACACUCCUUUUACGCGUGGUUAGGAUUCUAUAUUUUUAAGCUAGUGCACUUGCACAGACAGUUCGCCAUACUUGUUGAAAUUUAGAUGUAAUGUCUUUAAUGUACUAAUGUUUUUAGAAAGUUAAAAUAACUGGAGUCCUCAUUUGGUAUCAAAGUAGUCUUAUCGUCAGUCCAUACUGGUUCAGUAAAAUUUGAACUCAUAGUUCUGAAACAUGUAUGGCUUUACAAAAACUAAUGUUUGGCAUUUUGUUUUCAAAACUAAACAUUAAUAUUUCGUGUCAAUGUAUACUUUUUCUUGUAUAAAAAUGUUUUUCUUUGCAGUCCAUUUAAUGUUGGUUGCCCUGUUUUAAUGAGAAUCGGAGCGGUCUGUGUCAAGCUCUGACCCUGCAUCAUACACGCACUUUUAAAGAAAAGUUAGGUAAUACCACACUCCUAAGUAAAAGCCCCUGAAAAGGAAGGGCAACUCCCACUGUUUCUCUCUAGGCUGCUGCAGGUGUUGGAUGUGGGCCAGCACGUCCUCCACUGUGAACUGAGUUUUGACUGAGAGGUAAGGAGUUAUAGUGAGUGGUAUUACUCAUUCCUUACCUUUCCGUCAAAGGAUCUGGCUUUGGUUGUAUCUGCUUGUUCAGUUUGUACAGAAAUAGUCUGUGGCACUAGGGAGAUGUCAACACUCAAUGUGGGGUUUUAAUUUUUGUUUUUUUUUUUUUAAAUUUUUAUUUCUUUAGUUUUUGGAAGCUACUAGCAUGAAGGAUAGUCACCAGAAAGUUUGGAAUGAGUCUCAAAUAGCUGUUUUAAAGGCAUUUAUAAUAAUAAAUGGUUUAGGAUUAGCUGUACACUCUUUAAAUGCGAAGGAAGGAAAUAUAGCUGAAAAAAAUGAAACAAGAAUGAUAUGUAAGUGGAUCAUUCAAAUUGAUGCCCUUGACGGCCCUUUCUUGUGAGUAGUCUGUGUGUGAGGAAAGCUGACCCUGGCAUAGCUUGCCAGGUCUCUGAUUUUGGUGCAAUAUUGCAAUGCCUUCUAUAUGGCUGCUAUUGUAUAAAUUUUUCUAGUUACUUUGUUUUGUUUUACUUUUGCUGCUGGCACCAUUGAAUAUAAAAUGGAAGUGUGAAAUUAUGGAAAUGUGAAGAUUUUGGUUUCUUCUUCUUCCCCUCUCCUCACACUGCAGUUCAUAGUGUGAGCAAAGCCUGAUUUUCAAAACUGUAAAACCAGAGGUGUUAGAGUUUUAGAAAGUGUCAGGUAUACAAGUAGCUUUUAAAAAGGAAAACCUUUUUUUCCCUUCAGGAAUCAAAAUAAUGGCUUCUUUUGUAUAUGAUUCUUCCAUUUUUCAUUAGGUGGCCUUUCAUUUAUUUCUGAUUUCUGAAAAUAAAAAUUGUUAUUUGAGUUGCCCUUAGAAUGUGGGUAAAAAGUUUUUUAUUUUAAAAGUAAGUUUAUUUUGUUUUUGGAAACUAUAAAUUAGGUUAGCCAUCUUGUUUUUUACUUAGAAAUUUACAUGUGUUGCUUUAAAUAAAAUAAUAUCUUCAUUAUUUGCCUUGAUAUCUUUUGCUGGAAAUGACCAAGAAGAGGCCAUGAGACAGGGUACCCAUAUCAAAGGCUUUAUAUUCCAGGGGCAGUUCUCUGUAAUUGCUUUGUUACAACUUCAUAGUCCUGUGUAGGUUAACAUCUGCACAAACAAUUGAAUAUUCUUGCUCUUCCAUUUUGAAGAUACAAGGCCAAGGUCAACGAUUGUUUCAGAAAAUUCAUGAAAUCUUAACUUGAACUAAUUCUGGGUUCAGCUUCAAGUAAGUCAUGUCUGACUAUAAUCUUAGCAGUGACCAGUUGUGAGCUUUAAGACUAGUUGCUAUUGCUUGGGUUCAGAAUGUAUGAGGAAACUAGUUCUAAUUUAGAUUAUAAAUCCAUAAAUAACUUUACAUUCCCUUUUAAAAUUAUGGUUUAAUAGCUGCAAGAGAUUUAUUUUUGUUAUACUAAACUAUGGAAAAUUUCUCAUAGAGUUUUUUCAAGCUUUUCUGUGCUUCAUUUGGAACU